AUGAAUUUUUCGAUUCUUUAUCCACUGUUGUUCCCAACGGUAAUUGCGAUUCUCGACAAAUGUUAUGACGGUCACUGCGCUCCAGCGGGCUGUGAUUACGAAAGAAAUUCGAUUGCAUGUAAAAAUUUGUCAAAGCCACAGGUCGAAUGUUUGAUAGGAAAUUUGGACAAGAUUUUGGUAAGUCUUUUCUUGCUUACUACAGUACGUAUGUAACAAAAAAAAACACCUUCUAGUCGGAUUACUGAUCCGUCAGUGAAGUCUCCGGACUAAUCUUUGACUUUUGCACUGUGCAAAAAAGUGCUAUCGACAGCUCAAAAAACUCAUUGCACGGUACAAAAAGCCAUAGACAAUUCAGUCCUGCAUUGUGGGAAAACAAAAAUUCACUUUGCACUGUGCAAUUUCUGGCUUUUUGCUCCGUGCAAGUGCGUUGCGGCAGAACUCUACCCCUUUUCUGAACUCUCCCUCUUUUUGAACUUUCCCCCCUCAGAACUCUCCCCUUUUUUGAACACUCCCUCUCAUUUUGAAAAUUGAAAAUAAUAAGGUGUGACAUCUUAUACGAUGAAAAUUCUUUUCAAUUUGAAAAAAAAAUUCCAUCGUAUAACAUGUCACACCUCGUUUUUUUCAAUUUUCAAAAUGAGGGAGUGUUCAAAAAGGGAGAGAGUUCAGAUUUUUUGGCGAAAAUCAAAAAAGGGGUAGAGUUCAGUUUGGGGGAAAGUUCAGAAAAGGGGGAGAGUUCAGGCUCAACCUGCAAGUUGCUAUUUUGAGCUAUCGCUCUUGACUUCUUUCGCACUGUGCCAACGUCAAAAUUGGUUCAGCGGCUUUUCGGAUAUACCAAUAUUUCCCCUGUACGGAUAAAUAGCCAUAUUUUCAAAUUUUAUUGAAAUAGACCACAAUUUUCUAAGUCAUCACCAGAGCUCCUAUUCAGUCAGUUCAUAUUCAUGUACCUUUUUUCAGGUCGCAAAUCACAUCGAAAUUUCAUCAAUUUAUUUCUCCUCCUGCAUCGAGCCUCUGAAAGCUUUAAAAUCCGUCUUCCCUCCCAAUGUAAAUUUAACCUAUGUGUCUAUUGAACACUGCGGCGUAACGUCUCUCACCCCACACAUGUUCCACAACCAACCAAAUCUGAGGGAAAUAUCGUUGAAUUAUAAUGAAAUCGAAGACUUGCCAAGAUUCCAUCUCCCAAAACUGGAGGCUUUCUACUUGGAGGACAACCGUGUAAGCUUUGGCAGACUUUAGGGCAAAGGAACUGCGAUGCUCAAGAUUUGAUGAAAUUGUUUCAUUAGGGAGAUUCCGCAUUAUUUUCCCGACAAAAUGAUAAUCUAUUUUUCACUACAAAAACGCUGAAACGUCUUACAAGGGAAUGGACUUUAUGUGUAAAUCGAUUUUGGCUUGGGACAUAGUCAGAUCGAAAGGUGUGUGGUAGUCGAUUAUUCACUUGGGGGGAAAUCUCUGCGCGGGGCUUCAAAGCCGAGAAAAUCGGCUUCAAAGUUUAGACGAAAAUCGAAGGAUAGGGAUCCCGAAAAAGGAGCUAUAAAAAGUGUGAAGCAGUGGCCGAGUGGUCAGUGCGCUCGCUUUUUGCGCAAAAGGUUGCAGGUUCAAGUCUUUCCAAGCUCAAAUCAUUAUUAUCGUUUUUUACUUCUGCUAUCUUCGUGCUAAUCCGGCUGUACAUUUAAAAAAGUGGUAUAGAGAAAAAAGUUAACAUAAUGGAAAGUUGUUUUUGAAUACAUCAGGUUGAUGUUGUGCCCUGCGCUCUAAAACUGUAAAGGGAAGGUGCAAAGCCGUUGAAAAUGGAAAGGUUGCGAUUAAAAUAUACUUCUUGAAUCGAUAAUCGAGUUCAAGGGUAAAAAAUUAAUAGAAGUUUUUGUUUAAAAAAGUUAUGAAUGGAAGCAGAUUCGAACUUGCGACCUUUUGCGCAAAAAGUGAGCGCACUGACCACUCGGCCACUGCUUCACACUUUUUAUCGCUCCUUUUCCGGGAUCCCUAUCCUUUUCCUUUGAUUUUCGUCCAAACUUUGAAGCCGAUUUUCUCGGCUUUGAAGCCCCGCGCAGAGAUUUCCCCCCAAGUGAAUAAUCGACUACCACACACCCUUCGAUCUGACUAUGUCCCAAGCCAAAAUCGAUUUACACAUAAAGUCCAUUCCCUUGUUAACAGUUAUUCUGUUUUAGAUAUCUUGGGUAAAAGACGGAGAUCUUGCCGGUUACUCAAGUCUUAAUCUGCUGAGCUUGGCAUCUAAUCCAAUUGGAUAUCUAGAACCGUAAGCAACAAAAUUCUUCACGACGCAAACACUUCAGAGACGCCUUGCGCAAAGCGCCCAUCACCCAUUUAUUCAUCGACCACUGCCGUGUGUUUAGACUCUGGACCAAAUCUUUUGCCGGUGCAGAAGAACUCAAAGACAUUCAAUUGCAUCACAAUCAGAUUGAGACGGUGCCCGAAGCGAGUUUUGUCGACUUGCCGAGCUUGGAACUGAUAUGUUUGGCGAAUGGCAGAAUCAAUUACUUCAGUCCGGAGGCUUCCUGGAAUGCGCCAAAUUUGAGGGCCAUUAGCUUGACAAACAAUUCCUUGAGUUCAUUUGAAAUGGACGGAAAGGUAGGGAAGAUAGAGAGGAGUGACGACCGAGACCCCAGGAGUCGGGAGCUAUACUAGUCGCGGAAAAAAGUCCUGGGAUUUUUCUGCGACUCUGCACUGUGCAUGAACCCGAAAAGUGCUUUUGCACAGUGCAAUUUUGUUGAUUUUGCCUUAUUGUCGCGCGCGAUUCCCGCGACAAAUCAACUUUUCGGAGCGCGAUGGAGUUUGGGGGGCGCGAGAAAAUCCCAGGACUUUUUUCCGCGACUAGUAUCUUAGGAAUGAAAUUAAGCUAGGAAACAGCCGUAGGAAACAAAUGUGACCUUUACUAGUCCGUUCGCAAAGCCGCUGGAGUGUUUUCGGCGACGCGCACUGCGUAAAAAAGUCAUGAUGCGAGCGACACCCAAAAAAGCUUUUGACUGUGCAAAAUGCGGGAAAUUGCAAAGCGCAAGGUGAACUUUUUUCUCCCGGCGCCUGUUUCUGACCAGCGACUUCCCUUUCCGGACGGUCGAGCAUCAUUCUGAACGGCUAGUCUCGGCUGGCAAAAGAAAUUUUGCAACGGCAAAUAAACGUGGGUUUCCCGAAGGACUGAAAGAACAGCAACAGAAUUUUCACAUGACACCUUGCCGUGUAAAUCGUAAAUCAAACUUUUUCAGAACACUUCCAAAAUGAUCUCGAUCGAUUUGGAAGGCAAUCUCUUAAAGAACAUCUCGAUUCGAAACUUUCCGGAACUAGAGUAUAUCUAUCUCAAGGACACAAAUUUUACGGUCAACGAAAGCCAGGUGGUCAACUGUCCGAAAGUCAAGGUGCUUUACAGGGUGAGUUUACCAUUGCCUACAAAAAGUACGAUUCAGGAACUGACCUUUAAGGAGCUUAAAGGUAACAUGAACCCGAACGCCAUACCAAAAUGGCCAGGAAUCGAGAUCCCUCAAUAUGCGAUAAAUGAAGUGAUUACGUACGAUGAUAUCUUAGAAUAUUCAAAAAAUCAACAUUAAAUUUUUUGUGCAGCCAGGAUAAGAUUUUUUUUAGCAUACAUCGCGAUUGUGUCGCCUUUUAUACAUAAUAGAAAACCAAGUCGGCUGACUUUAUCAGUGUCUGUGAUUGCGUCUAGACGCAAUCACAUCGAAUAAGAAGAGAUUUGGCCAUCUUGUUGAGAAUCGAAUUUAACACACGUAGACUAAAAAAAUUGUAAAUACGAUCAUGCAACUUGCACUUUUGGGUUGCAGAAGUUUUAAGAAUGAUUUUUUUUUAAUUCUCAUUGCGAAGUUUAUGCGAUGGGGUUCCGUACAAUAUUUGUAUUUUCUGAAAGCCGGCUUCUUACUCUACUGCCGUGCCAAAUUUUAGCCUUCUAGCUCAAACGGCUAGCGAGAUAUGGAGAGGGAAAGCAAGCGCAUUCCGAAAAAAUAGAAAAAGUCGCGGAGAUCGGUUGUGUCCCAAAAGUACAGAAUGCCGUGCGUCUUGAAGAAGUGAUUUUUACCAAAAUUUUGAAUUUUCAAAACAUCAGUUUUAUUUCCAAAAUGCUCUCUCAAAUUCGGUUGCUCGUCCUGCUGUUCAGCGUUUUCUCCUUCGGCUCCGAAGGCUUCCUGUCUCGACGGUUGGAUGAAUUACAUCGAUACAGCUUGUUUAAUGCAUUGGAAACGCUGCUGGAAGAGAGGAAGCACGAUGGCGCCGAAGUCUACAGUCGAUGUAUGCGAUAUUUCUAAUUUUUUUCAUACUCUUAAUUUUUUUCUUUUUUUGUCAAUUGCACAGUGCGCAAGUUUUAUGAUCUUGUGGUGCAGAAAAUAGGCAGUCAAAAUUUGCGCAAUGCAAUAUAAAAAUAUCAUAAAUUUGUAACAGGACUUGUUUUAGCAUGCAAUUUCGAGUGCUUCACCUCUUUGAAUCAAGUCUGUUUUCAAGGGAAGUGUUAUGAGCCCGUUCAAAAAAGUAAGGUAUAUUUUAGUAACCUUUACAAUAUCGGAUUUCAGCCUGCGAAAAGACUGACGAUUGUUCGGAAGGAUCUAUCUGUAUCAGCCACGACUUUUUGGUUCGUUCCUGCUUCAGACCAAUCAUUGAAUAGGCAAAAGUUGAAAUAUAUUAUACUUGAUAUAAGAAAUUAGUUACCAACGUCAAAUAAACGUUAAUUAAUGAUUUAUAGUUUACUAAAUCGUUUUUAAUGGCGCCUCAAAUCUUUAUCGACUGAAUGGAGGUAUUCUCAUUUGAAUUCCCGCAAAAGUCUCACAGUUCUCGCUGAAGUCAGGGCGCAGCUCGCGUAGGGUUCUUUCGCAAGAGAAUAUUUUCUCUUGUUUCGCUGGUAAUUUUCUACUCUGUUUUAGGGUUUUCACCUGUUUUUUGACAAUUUCGUUGUCGUAAAAUGCGCGUUUGAGUCAUUUUUCGGGAGUGUCAACUUUUUGAUACCUAGAACAAUAUUUUUUACUUUGAAAUCCCCGAUUAUCCGGUGUUCGGUCCGAUAAAUCCUUGUAUUCGUAAAUUUCGGAUUUUUUACGACGAAACGAAUUCAUGUUUCGACUAUUUGGGUCACAGAUUUGCUUUUUUCCGACUGAUUUUUUUGGGGGUUUACCUCCUAAAAUAAAACCUUUAGUAACUUCAAUUUGAUCUGCGGUCUAUGCAAAUGAAUUGCUUCUGAAAUUGGUAUAUAAUCUUGACCUCAGUUUGCUUUCUUUCAUUCGUCCAUUUUUUUAGCAAAUGGCCCGCGAUAAGCAAGUCGCUCGGAAGCGACCAACCAGCCAGGACAGCUCCUACAGCACGCCUGUGUUUGGCAUGGCUGUCGGAAGGAAGCGAAUGCCAGGGAAGACGAUGAAGCUCAUCAACCCGAAGAAGAAGCAUGCACCGUCGAAGAGACUCGUCAGUAAGUAUUGUUGUAGCUUUUGUUUGGUUUUUAGGUAUCAACCCGGAAUGGAUAAUAUCAUGGCUCAGAUUGAUGUAGUUCGGCUUCUAGAUCAAAGUUCCUUGCUUUAUUGUAUUCAGUCUGGUUUUUAUAGGCGUAGUGCGAAGUUUUCGUAUAGAUUGAAAUUAUUUUUCACGGACCUGGAUGGGUAAUAUAAGUUUGGGUUGAAUUGUUCCUAUUUUUGAUGUUGGUGAACUGAGGCUCUAUUUCAAUUACAACGUCUUGACCUUUUGCUGCCAAUAUUAGUGCUGGUUUCAAAUUUGAGAUCAUUUUGUGAUUCCAGAAUCUUAUAUUAUCCUUGGAUCUGUCUAUGGUUAAUUGUGUUGUUUUUUCAGAGCGAAACGGAGUCCUCAGAGAUAUCAAGCGCCUUCAGAGUACGACCAACCUUUUAAUUCCGCGAGCAUCUUUUCUCCGACUCGUCCGCCAAGUUACUGCGUCAUUUGCGACGGAUAUGAGAUAUAAGGUGGAAGCGGUCAUGGCAUUGCAGGUGAGACGAUUUUCCUUUUGCUUUUUGUAUUUUAGGAAUCUUUAUGAUUUUUUGAAAGCUGUUUGGAUUCGUCUGAAAUUUGGCUCAGUUCUGGUUGUGAAGUUUUCGCCGUUUUUUUUAUAUUACACUAGACAAACGCCUGAUUUUAUAAAAGCAUGUUUUCAGGAAGCGUCUGAAGCCUUCUUAACUCAACUCUUUGAAGACAGUAACCUCUUGGCCAUCCACGCUCGCCGAGUCACCCUGAUGAAUCGUGAUAUGACAUUAGCCAAGCGGAUUCGUGGUCUGGAUAACCUGUUCAGAUAA